UCUCUUCUAAAAAAGGUUCAUAAAUGUAUAUCAUAAUCAAGAAAAAAUAAUUAUAGAAACCUAUGGUUCCGAAAAACGUAUGUGAAUCUUUUAUCAGAAAGAUCACACUCACUACUAACCCAGGUUAAUAGUGCGAGAGAAAAUUUUCAAUAGAAUGUUUUUGUUCGAAAACCAAACGUUAAGUACUUAUGUUGUUCAACUCAGUUUUAUCUCCUGACCUCAUUAGUUUAGUGUAUUAUUAUUAGUUUUGCUUUGAAAAUAUAAGGGAAGUGAAAAGAGCGUAAAAUAAGUGGAAUGGGGAAGAUCAUAGGUGAGUCUGUAAUCUUUCGGACAAAAGUUUCACAUAUGUUUUACGGAACCAGUUUUCUACGGUUAUUUUUCAAUAAUUGUGAUGUGAAUUUACACUGAAUUCAGAUUCCAUGGUAGAAAGAUUGACCCUUAGUCCCUCACUCUCGCCGCUAGACGUAAAUUUCAAUAGUGGGUGCUCAUUCUCAAUCAAUUUCCAGAAUCACACAGUUGUUAACCGUCAUACUUUGACUGGACAGUCUAUAGUUGUCGAAGAGUCUAUAGUUGUCGUGUGAGUUUUAAGAUGAACUGAUAUUCCUAGAAUGAGUUAUGAAUUUUUUUUUGAAGGAAGCUCAUUUUUAGAGGUCUCGGUCGUAAAAUCUUCUCUCGCACUAUUAACCUGGGUGAGUAGUGAGCGUGAUCUUUCUGAUAAAAGAUUCAUAUACGUUUUUCGGAACCAUAGGUUUCUAUAAUUAUUUUUUCUUGAUUAUGAUAUACAUUUAUGAACCUUUUUUAGAAGAGACCUCAUUUCUAGGGGUCUCUAUCGUAAAAUGGCUGUAUUUCACUAUCCAUUAGCAGCUUCCUGCUUAACUUCAUACCGUAGAUAGAGGAGAAUAUGGACUACAUUUUGGUAGAAAGAAAACGUUUGCAUCUUUCUUGGAUCAGGUGUUAUUAGCAUUUUGUGGAAAAGAAGUGAACCGCAUAUAUCGUACGAACCAUCCAGUAAACGAGAUUCAAACUUUGUGGUUGAUCAGCAUUGGGUAACAGCUAUUACCAUACAAAAGUAGAAGUCCAUGGCUAUCAUGAUUCUUGAGUUACAGGGAGGUCGCUACUUUUGCGGGGUACUGUAUUAUUGAAUAAAAGAAUGACGUAUAUGUGACAUGUGUUUUAGAAUCCGACGGUUGCAGCACUAGUAGCAAAUAAAAUCUAUCGAAAUGCAGUAGAUUUAACGAGUGAUGAUGAAGAACGCAUACACUACAAGAGAAAAAAAGAGUAAUAAAUAUGUCGUCAUAUUGCAGUUAUUUAAAAAUAAUUUAUGUUUUUUUUUUGCAAUAGAGAAUUUGCUAUACAUGCAUCAAAAAUAAUUGAUCUUUGUUUUGAUGAAGACGAACAAUUUGCCACUGAAUUAUUGACAACAAAAUCUCGUUUAUAUUUUAAUUAUAAUCCAUUACAAUUAGCUGAGGAAAAUCAUUGUCGAUCAUUUUUAGCAACAAAAACUGUACAAAAACAUCUAGAUCUUCAAUGGUAUGGUGAAAUUGAUGAUUAUGGAAAUGAUAAAACUUUUAUUAGUCUCGUGGUAAUACUGAAUUAA